GAGUCGUCUCCCGCAUUGGCGACGGCGCGAACGAAUGUCGGCCUUAUGUUCGCGCGCUUUAGAGACGAUAACGGCGUGGCGGUGACGUCAUCGUCGAUGUCACGUUACCGAAAUCGUGGUGUAGUUGAACGCGCGGUCCUCGGCCAGUCCCCCCACCCCGCGCCGCUCUUCCGUAACGAGUCGUUCGCGCAUUUUGACUACGCUGUCGAUGUAGUACGAAAAUCCAAUAUGGCUGCGGUCAACAGACGUAUUCGAUUAAUGUGACAGUAAUAACACCGACUUAACCCUAGUUUUCCGCCGAUUCCUCGAUUGUUAACCUACAAAGUGAUCGUGCAUUUGGUUUUGAUUGAAAACCGUUUUUAUUUGUCGACUUUUAAUUGUACAAUUCGCCGUAAUAUAGGUUUGCUUUCUGUGCGAGGGACAAAAUGGCGUCGGUCCGUGCUGUUGUUUGAGAAGUGUGCUGGGAACCUUUAAUUAUUUAUUAUUAUAAGACUUUGCGUCUGUAAAACAGUGAUGACUGGAUUAAGGGAUGUUUUACGCGUAUUUAUAAAAAUUUUCGUUCAAUUAUCACAGUAAUUUACGCGAGAAAUAGCCGUUUCAACGUGAAAAAGAUGCCUGAGACUGGCGAGAUGUCAGAUUCAGAUAAUUCUGGUUCUGGAUCUGAUAAUGAAAGCAAAAGUGACUCCUCGUCAAAUAAUUCAGGAUCAGAAAGUGGGUCGUCGUCUUCCUCGAGCGGUUCAGAAAGCGGCGGCGACAACAAUUCUGACAACGAGCAGUCGGAGAAGGAGGAAGAGAACAGCUACGUCCAAAAUGAGACGAUGAUCGUGACGACCACCACACCCGCCGCAACAUCCGACUACAAUAACAGUCCCGAAACGAACGACCAAGAUAUCGGGGACUAUGAUGCUUCCUCUCCCGAGCCGAAGAGAAAACGGUCCAGUUCGUCAAAAGAUUGGGACGAGAAUCCGGACCUUUACAGUAUCAGGAGGUCCGGUAGGUCGCGCAAAGAGCCAGAAAGGUUGCAGGCGAAAGACAGGACCAGUGGCAAAAGGGGAAGCGAUGAAUGGCGAUACAACGAUGGCAGUUCAUCAGAAUCCGAGGAAGAGGACGUGGAGAAGCCACCGCCGAGCAAAAGAUUCGGUUCGAAGAGGGUGGUGCCCAAGAAGCCGCCUCCGAAACGUAAGACGCGUUACAGCUCGGAUGAGUCUAGCGCCGAUUCGGACGGCAACAAAAGGACGGUGUCCAGGCGUGCAGCUGCAACUGUCAGCUACAAGGAGGACAGUGAAGAUAAGACGGAUUCGGAGGACUUGCUGGAGGUGGACAACACCGAGCCCAUCGAAAUGGUACCUGAGGAGAAAUCGGAAACGAUUGAAAAGAUUUUGAGUAUGCGCAGGGGCAAGAAAGGUGUUACGGGUAAUAUAACUACUUGUUAUUACGUGGAGGAGAACGGAGAUCCGAAUGAGGGGUGUGACCCCAACGACAGGGACAGUACUGAAGAUCAGUACCUCAUUAAGUGGAAGGAUUGGGCUCACAUCCACAACACGUGGGAGUCUGAUCAGUCGCUAAAGGAACAAAAGGUGAAGGGCUUGAAAAAGCUAGAAAACUACAUUAAAAAGGAGGUCGAGAUCAAUCAGUGGAGACGCUAUGCCACACCCGAAGACGUGGAGUACUACGAGUGUCAACUAGAAUUAAGUCAGGAGCUGCUAAAAAGUUUCAACAAUGUUGAACGAAUUAUUGCCAAAUUUAACAAGCCAGACAACGGCAUCGACUACUUUAUUAAGUGGGAAAGUUUACCUUACGCCGAGUCUACGUGGGAGGAUUCCGCUUUGAUACAAAGAAAAUGGCCUGAUAAAAUCAGCGAGUUCAAUCAAAGAGAGAGUUCAACGAAAACACCCACUAAACACUGUAAAGUUUUGAGACAUCGGCCCAAGUUCCACGAAGUUAAGGAGCAACCCAGUUACAUGACCGGAAAGGAUAAUAUGUUGGUACUCAGAGACUAUCAAAUCCACGGCUUAAAUUGGAUGAUCCACAGUUGGACGAAAGAAAACUCGGUCAUUCUAGCUGAUGAAAUGGGAUUGGGUAAAACUAUUCAGACCAUAUGCUUCAUCAACUAUCUGUUCCAUUCCCAACAACUGUAUGGACCAUUCCUCUGCGUAGUGCCAUUGUCGACAAUGACAUCGUGGCAACGUGAGUUCGCGCAGUGGGCUCCGGAUCUUAACAUUGUCACCUACCUUGGCGACGUACAAUCCAGAGACACUAUACGACAGUACGAAUGGAGUUACGAGGGAUCAAAAAGACUGAAGUUCAACGCUAUUCUGACGACCUAUGAGAUCGUCUUAAAAGACAAGGCUUUCCUCGGCAGCAUAAGUUGGGCAGUUUUACUCGUGGACGAGGCACACAGGCUGAAGAACGACGACUCACUCUUGUACAAGGCUCUGAUGGAGUUUGACACAAAUCACAGGUUGCUAAUUACGGGUACGCCACUCCAGAACAGUCUAAAGGAGUUGUGGGCUCUGCUCCACUUUAUCAUGCCUUCCAAAUUUACAUCUUGGGAAGAGUUCGAAAAGGAACACGAAUGUGCCGCCACUAAAGGCUACGGAAAGCUGCACAAACAGUUAGAACCAUUUAUUUUGCGAAGAGUAAAGAAGGAUGUGGAAAAAUCUCUACCUGCCAAAGUGGAACAAAUUCUUCGAGUGGAAAUGACCUCAAUCCAAAAGCAAUAUUACAAAUGGAUCCUGACCAAGAACUACAACGCAUUGCGGAAAGGGGUGAAAGGGUCAACGAACACGUUCUUGAACAUCGUGAUUGAGCUGAAGAAGUGCUGCAAUCAUGCUCUGUUAACCAAACCCACCGAAUACGAACACAUGAAUUCGCAGCAAGACCACUUGCAAACACUUCUGCGUGGCUCAGGGAAGUUAGUGCUUUUAGACAAACUUUUAAUCCGUUUAAAAGAAACCGGUCAUCGCGUAUUGAUAUUCUCUCAGAUGGUUCGCAUGUUGGACAUCCUAAGUGAAUAUUUGCAGCUGAGACAUUUUCCUUUCCAACGUUUGGACGGUGGCAUUAAAGGUGAAAUGCGUCGUCAAGCGUUGGAUCAUUUUAACGCUGAAGGAUCUCAAGACUUUUGUUUCCUUUUAUCCACACGUGCCGGUGGUUUGGGUAUCAAUUUGGCCACCGCCGAUACAGUGAUCAUCUUCGACUCCGACUGGAAUCCUCAGAACGAUCUUCAAGCUCAGGCCAGAGCCCACAGAAUAGGACAAAAGAACCAAGUCAACAUUUAUAGAUUAGUAACCGCCAGGUCUGUGGAGGAAGAAAUCGUCGAACGUGCCAAACAAAAGAUGGUUCUCGAUCAUUUGGUCAUUCAACGGAUGGACACCACCGGUAGAACGGUACUGGAUAAGAAAGGCGGUUCCACUCAAAAUCCCUUCAACAAGGAAGAUCUCACCGCCAUCUUGAAAUUCGGUGCCGAGGAAUUGUUCAAAGAUGAAGACGUUGACGAGGAACCAAACUGUGAUAUCGAUGAAAUCCUUCGGAGAGCUGAGACAAGGGACGAGGCUCCAACAAUGGCGGGCGACGAACUGCUGUCAGCCUUCAAAGUGGCCAGCUUCGCCGCCUUCGAUGAAGACACCGAACCAUCACCAGUCACCACAAACCAAAACGACGACGAAAGCAAAGACUGGGAUGAAAUCAUCCCGGAGAAUAUGAGAAAGAAAGUCGAGGAAGAAGAAAAAUCAAAAGAAAUGGAAGACUUGUAUCUGCCGCCACGUAGCAGGAAGACCCUGCAGCAAAUCAAUAACUCAGAAAGCGAUGGCGAAGAAGGCAAAGGCCGCAAACGUAGAAAGAAAGACGCAAAUGAAUCUGGUGACUCGAACGAUUCCGGCGAGGAAAGUGACGAGGAGCGUCCCAGGAAACGUGGUCGACCUCCUGCCAAUAAUCGGGAGAAGAUCAAGAACUUCACGGAUGCAGAGAUUCGUCGGUUCGUAAAGAGUUACAAAAAAUUCAGUGCGCCUCUGAAGCGUCUUGAAGCAGUGGCUUGUGACGCGGAGUUGCAGGAGAAGCCUUUGGCUGAACUCAGAAAGCUCGGCGAGAUGUUGCACGAGAGAUGCAGGGCGUAUCUGAGUGAACAAACCAAGGAAAACAACGAAACAAACGGGGAAACUUCUGGCGGCAAAGGCAAGAAGCGAUUGAGGGGUCCUUCUUUCAAGCUUGGAGGCGUUUCUGUUAACGCCAAAACUAUGAUGGCUUGUGAAGAAGAACUUGCACCCCUUGAUGAAGUGCUGCCGUCAGAUGCACAUGAGAGGAGUAGGUGGGUUUUAGAGGCCAGGACAAAACCUGCCCACUUCGAUGUUGACUGGGACAGCGUGGAGGAUUCCAAAUUGCUUCAAGGCAUUUACAUAUACGGAAUGGGGUCUUGGGAGCAAAUAAAACUUGAUCCCUCAUUGGGAAUAGGUGAUAAAAUACUUUUGAAUGAAGACAAGAAACCUCAGGCCAAACAGCUACAAUCGAGAUCGGAGUAUUUGCUGAAGAUCCUACGUAAACAGUUGGAUCAAAAGAAGGGCGUGUCGAAACCAAAAAGACAAAGGAAAGUUAAGGAGACCAAAGCGCUGACUAAGGAAAUCAUUGAGAACGAUGAUAUUAGUUCCAAUGACGAAUCUACCUCGCAAAGUACCUUGCAAUCCGUAGCCACAUCUUCAUCCAAAAAACCUGCAAAGACACCAAAGAGAGAAAACAAAGAACAACGCGAGGACCACAAAGACAAGGAUGAAGACACGAGCUUGGCGAAGCACGACAAGAAGGCCAAGAAGCGUGAAAAGAAAGAAAAGAAGAAACGGGCGGCCGGUCCUAUGCAUUUCACAGCCAACAAUGAGCCGCGUGCUUUGGACGUACUAGGCGACUUAGAUCCUGCAGUCUUCAACGAAUGCAAGGAGAAAAUGAGGCCGGUGAAAAAGGCUUUGAAGGCAUUAGACAACCCAGACCAGUCUCUUCCUGAAAACGAACAAGUUGCCAACACGACUGCGUGUCUGAUCCAAAUCGGCGAACAAAUCAACACUUGCCUGGAGGCUUACACUUCGGAAUCCGAAAAGAAAGCCUGGAAAUCGAAUCUGUGGUAUUUCGUGUCAAAGUUUACCGAGUUCGAUGACAAACAGCUGAAGAAGAUGUACAAAGGUGCCGUCAAACAGAUGCAGAGAAAAGAGGAUGGGGCAAGCACAAGUAAAGAAAAGAACAAAGAAGAUAAAGAACACAAAAGAAAGCAUGAAAGCGAUGAUGACAGAGAAGAAAAGAGUUCAAAGAAACAUCACUCAGACAAAAAAGACAGGAGAGAUAAAGAAAAAGACAAGGACAAGGAGAAGGAACGAAAAAAGGAUAGGGAGGUCGAAGCUGAAGAACCCGAUUACCAUUCGUACAGGCACAGAAAGCCGAGUGGUUCACAAAAACCUCAACAGUUUCGCGACCAACCUCAAUAUCAAGACCGGGACAAACAGUGGUACAGAGGACAAGAUUAUCCUCGCCAAGCUUCCAGCGGUUACCACAGGAACGACCGGGACUACCAACGCUCCGAUAAAAGAUCUCCUGACAUGAAAGGUGAUUGGCGGAACUAUCAAAGGGGCAGAGAACCGAUGCCGAUGGGCGGUCGGCCCAUGUACUACGCAGGUGGCGGCUAUCUGCAGAACGCACCGGCCAUGUACCCACCGGAACAGUUCCCCAGAGACCGGUUCUCGCCCGGAGAUUGGCGUCCCCCAGAGAGGGACUACCGUCGCGAGGAGUACCGCCGACAACAAUAAAUUUUGGUUUUACAUGUUAGACAAAGGAAAUUGGUUUAUGCCGCUUGGUGAUCCGGCUCCGAAUGUAAUGGCUAUAACGUGAUAUUAGACUUGGAAGUGUGGCCAUAUUGUGAUGUUAAUUUUGCCCGGCCGGACACUGCAAGACAUUCAGUACAUUUCGGGGGAUCACCGGCGUGACGUAAACGCAAUAGAUUACUUAAAUUAUUCGAUUUCUUGAAUAACGUACAUGUUUAAAUGUACGUUUGAUUUUUUUGUAUAUUGUUCUUUAUUUUUAAUUCGUUGUGAGAAGUUGUUGAGAAUGUUUUUAUUUAAAUAAAGUAUUUCGUUUAUUUCUCGAUGAUUUUUCAGAUGAAUGCAUUUUUUUUUUGAUUACCAAUUAUUUUAUAAAUAUGAUGUACAUUUUUAUGUGUAAAGGUGGCUGUGUUAAAUUGUAAUGAAGAGCUGGCCUACCAACAACUGUAAUUAUAUUCUUUGUGUACAUACAUAGAUAAAUAUGUUUUGAUAUUAAUAUCGACUAUUAUUUUUGCCAGUCACUAAUUUAUUUUGUACUUUAUAAUACAUAUAUCAUCUUAAAAAUUUUUAUGACAUUUUUUCUAGUAGAUUUGCUUCCUUCUCCCUUAAUUUACAAUACAAACAAGUUACAAUUUUCACUAUUUUUGUAAUUUAAAAAAUCUGACGGUCUUAGACCACUAAAAAAAUUAUUGUACAAAUGACUGAACAUUAGUAAACAUAAAACAAAUUUAGUAUAUAGGGUAUGAAAAUAGACACAAAUUAAAUGUGUUAUUUCUAAAUUGAUUCUUGUUUUUGAAAUAAAUAUACAUAUAAUUUUU